AUGGAAGCGGCGCUCAACGGCCUCAGCAACACAGUAAAGCAACAGGCCACCAAGGAUGCUGUCACACAAGCUAGAGAAGCAGUCAAAAGCUUGGAGACAGAUGGGGAUGUCCCAAUCGCCUAUGUUCGGGAAAAAUGCCUGGCCGCUUUUGAGCUCGUAUUCGAUAAAGGCAACCCUAAAGCAGCGCACUAUGCUGUCGAAGGAGUACAGGCACUGCUACGAGAUGAACGAUUUCGUUCGGACAGCAUUGAAAAUACCAACCACAGCUUGCCAACUCAGGUGCUAAGUGCUAUGACUGGCGUAGCGCAAUGGAAUUGUCAGCUGCAAUGCAAUUGCUUGACGCUACUCGUCGAAAUGGUUUGCUCUGUAGACUUGCGAGUUUCAUUGCAAGAGCUCGAAGAAUGCCUCGAACUCUGUAUGCGAGUCUUCUCAUCCACUCGUGAAGAAUCUGCACGGGUUUCAGCCCGGGCAGCUGUAUCACAGUCAAUCACAGCCUAUUGUGCUAACCGAUAUGCUGCAGGGGAGGAGUCAAAGAAUGUCCUUUCUGUCUACAUGGACGUAACCAAGCUGUUAGACAGCUAUAUUGCAAAACUGGAUCAGUUGACCGUGUCCUCCGAUCAGAGUAUUAUCGUAUUUGAUGCGAUGAACGCCUUAUUAACCGCACAGCCGCUGGGGGUACAAAGUCACACGCCCCUCGUCAAUCUUUUGUGGGAAAAGCUGUGUCCACUAAUGAUAAGAUUACUUGGAGUUCCUGACAAAAAUGUCACCAACACCCCUCCUGUCACCACCGAGGAACCCCUUGGGCAAGGGCAGAUGGCCAAGUUUACCUUGAGCCCAGCUGUGGUUGCAAACCCUGAGGCAACAAGAGUGCUAUACCAAAUCCUAGAGCAGCUAAUCCGCAUCAUGGCAGGCAUCCCAUCAGUCAACUCGGUCUUGGAAGCCCUUUUCCACAAAGCCUUUCUUUUUCCCAAAGUUGAGCAGAGGACUGAAGCCGUAAGGAUUAUCAAGAAGAUCCUCUCAGAUCGUCUCCGGUUGAACGAUAUCGUUUGCUCAUGUGUACGUUCUCGUUCACUUUCCUUAUGGAGGAUGAUGGUCGUAUGUAUGGCCGAAUGUGCUCAACCACAACACGAAAUCGCUAUCGAAGCUACUCGAGCUGCUGGAGCAAUGCUGCAAGGCAUUCUAGACUUCUGUAACUCCCCAGGACUCUUGAAUGAUGAAAUACGAUGGAAACUCAAGGAAAUGUUCCCAACUUUACAAGACGUGAACACACCAAGCUUCACGGCCCGAUCCGACGUUGGUCAGGCUAGUCCGAGACCGUCAACAGAAUCUGGCUCUAAGGCAGAUGAUGACGUUGAUGACGAGGCGAGAGAUGACAUUAGCGAGACAUUGCAAAAGCUUACACAAAAGUUUGGACUACGGCAAGUGAGUGACGAUGAGGAGUUUGUCGCAAUGCCAAUUUCAAGACGAAGGACAACCGAGUAUGAUGAAACGACCGAAAAAAUCACAGCGCAGAAAUUUGUGGACUCCCUAGUUGAUCAUAUUGUUGAAUGGAGUAACUUUAAAUCAACACUCGAACUCGACGAGGCUAUCCUCGAAUUUUCAUCGGAAUUCUAUAACGAUUUUUCCGCUGUGCACAACGAAGCCUUCAAAUCCAAGUCGAAGAUCCAACAAGAAUUUCUCAAUACUGAUGCCAUCUACAUCACCGCCUACUCGACCUUAUGCCUAGCCUAUCGAGGAGAGGACACCAUGACAUGGGCAAUUUUCCGUGACACAUUGCUCAAAUCAGGCUGCAUUGUGUAUGUGAGUGAAAGUUGGCUGCGUAAAGUCUACGACCAUGCAGUCAAAGCUGCUUUUGCAGAAUUUUCUGGAGCACUUCUAGGGGUUGUGCAGGACUUUGAUGGACUUGAUCAUAAGAUUCUCACAGACGUGGAACGUCUGCAGAAGAUCUCACAAGGAAAACCUCCACCAAAACCUGAAGAAGAACGCCGCAAAGCUCGUCAGAAAAUUCAAGAUGGUAUCGAGUACUCAAUCAAAGGCAUGCAGCUUUUGGCAGCAGUGGCUUUAGAGCUCGAGUUGGGUGAGCGAUGUGGUUGGAUAUUCGAGAAUCUUGUUGAAGCAUCUUGUGAUGUGGAUGAGCUGCGAGCUUUGGCUAGCUCAGAAGAGCAGAAACGAGUUCGAGUGCUAUCCAGAGAAGAUUUGCUUAGCAUACAGCUUGUAUUGGACAAUGCUUUUGUUUCCAUACAUGCUCCAGAAUGCUGGAAACAUGUGAUAAGAUGUAGCGAAUAUGUGUGGGAACUCGAAAAAUUCAUUUAUGGUGCGUUGUGCUAUGAGAAACCUUCUCGAUUCAGCUUUAGAAGAAAGAAAACUCCAGAACCACCUCAUCAUAACGAAGAAGGAAUAGCAGCCGCAGAUCGUUCCGUGGACACCGCUAUAACCAAUGGGGAGCUCGACAAGGAUAGCUUGAGCAGGGCUUUGUGUAUACUAAUUGCUAAAGUUGAUAGAUUCUAUUCGAAAGUCGGUCACGAGCUGAAUCUUCGUUCUUUGCGGGAAUUAUGUCUAGCCAUUACGAAUGCAAGUGAGAAUCGAAUAUUUUAUUCAGGCAAAAAAGCUCCUGCACUUACUCCUGCAACGAAUUUGCUGACGAGGAUAUCAGAAAUUCUCGCUCCGCUGGGCAAUCGCCCCUUAGUUCAUCAGAUGCUUAUCUGGCCAAUUGUUUGUGCUCAUUUUGUGCAGGUGGCCUCAUGCCCAGAUGAAUCCCGAGUCGGUGUAACGGCUCUAUCAGAUGUCAUCUCUAACCUAUUGCUAUCAGAAUCUCAGGGCCUCUGCUUCAACCAAAUGUUGAUUGCGCCUUUUCAGGCAAUCAUCUGUUCGGAUACUUGUUCUCCAGAGACACGGGAACAGAUUGUGGCCGCUUUGACAGAUUUUGUGAAAACAAAAUCAGAGCGCAUUGGGUCCGGAUGGAAAACCCUGUUCGGUACUUUACGGGCUUUGCGAACAUCGGAGGUCGAUGGAGAUAGUGUACAUUGGACUAUUCUUGAUGUUAUAGCAACUUAUCUUCGGAUAGACAAAUAUUCUGUAUUAUCCUGGUCCCUACCAGAUUGUCUUCUGUGUAUAGUACAUUUUUUGCAAUCAAACCAUGCAAAAACACCAACUCAGCCAGAGGAAGAUGAGCCCACAGAUUCGAAACCAGUCGAGGAUCAACUUAGCGAAGCCGCUUUGCGACUUGUGAACCCUACCUAUACCGUAAUCCUGAAUCUCUUCAAAACACCACACAUACCUAAUCCAAAUCUUCUACACAAGGCCGAACUGCGCGCUGUUUGCCUCGAUGAAGUCGAGAGUGUUGAAACCACUUCUGCUCCUUUGUCGGAAUGUUUAGACCCUGCUCAGUUUCCUUUAGCUGAUAAUGAUCCCUCACCCCUGCAGCUGGAUAACCCCUUAGAAGUGGCAAGAGGAGCUCUACCCUGGGAAGGUUUGCUCCCGUCUGAAGUAGCUUCGCUGGAAUUAUUGCUUUCAUUCGUGGAACAUUUGGCCGGUACUUUGGUCACGGCACCGUUAUACAUUCAACCAUCGUUACUGGUUUCUGUACAACAACUCAUCAACACUAUCAAAGGCAGCGAGUUUGGCCUGCCAACAGCUUGUUUUUGUCUUUCGACCCUGCUUUUACCCCAUGUACAAAAGUGGAUGAGAAGAAUACCAAAGAAUGAGGAGAAAGCAGAUGGCAGAAGAAGUGACGCAAAUCUGCGACAAGCUGUCGGAAUUUGCACACAAAUGGUUGCAGACAUUUUUGCGUUGGAACAGACUGAUUGGCAUAGCCGACUUUUGCUGGACAUAUGCCAACUUGCUACUGAAUGCACCGUUCAAGAAGGAGAUCUUCCCCGUGUCGGAACUGCUUGCCUACGACAUAUUGGCGGCUCUGCAUCAAAGUUCACACAUCCACAAUGGACGAUUUAUGCGAAAUCUUUGUGGGACGUGACAGCAUCGACUUUGUCGCCAAUCAGGCUUCUCAUUUCCUUGUAUGCAACUGAUUCCACGGAUGAGAAAGGCAUAGGCGGUGAUGUUUUAGUAGAUGGCACAGAAGGUUUGCCACUGAAGGAAAGGAUGCUAGCUCAACAGGUAUUCCUGGUAGAUGCCCAAAAGAAGAAGCAGUCAAACGGUAUUCCCGAGGAAAAGUCAACUAGUGAUGUUGAUUUGAUAAUCACUAUAAACGAUGAAAAGGAGAGAAUGUCCGUGUCCCAGCUAAUCUCUUCGUUACUCGCUCAUCAACUGGUCAUCCAACUUCUCGGCUCAAUUCUAUGUCCUUGUGAUCCUCCGCCGGAAGGUUUAGAAAAGAUCUUAGCUGUCGGUAGCUGUUGUGGACGUUGCAGUAUUCCGGAUGAUGUUCGCAUAAUGAUGCAUCAUAGCUUAGAUGCUAGCUUUCAGGUAGCCCGAGAUUUUGAUUGUCGACAUGGUCUUUCCACCGUUCUCGGUCGCGCAAUGGGUAUUAAGCGACCAAAUUUCGAAAAGUCCCCCAGACCUCACUCGCUUGGUGGAUUGUCAUUGUCGAAUGGUUGCACUAUUGCGACAAGAGGAGAUAAGAAUAGCAGAAAAACGAAUUGCGGCUGCUGCUAG